AUGCAGGUCAUGAAGACCAUCUUUAUUUGGGGCUGCCUCAUGGCUCUUUUCAUCGAGCCUUGUUUAUCGGACAUGUACAUGCAUGCUCCAGCAGGAUCCAACAAUCGCUUGAACGGUAACCAAGAUAACGUCAGAAAUGCAAACAGAUUGUUUGAUUCGCAGGUAGAUUACCAUUACAAACUAGAUUUUUAUUGCGGUAACCUUAUCGAAUGCCAUUCCCAUAAAAUAUUUUGUUACCCAUUGCCGUCCCCCUGGUGAAAGUGAUUGACCAACACUGAGGAAAAUCCUGGACUUGCUCGUUCAAUUGAUUUAACCAAACGAUUUCUUUUUUGAAUAAAGUCUUCUUCAUCUGGUUAAAACGGUAUAAACCUGAGAACGUAAAUUUACAGAAAGCGUAUCCUUCCCCUUUUAUUUUUCGUUUGGCUUCUUUCCAAGAAUUGAGUCCAUGAGAAACGAUCAUUUUUAUGUUUAUGGCCAUAUAACUGCAUUUCACGGGGAGGGGGGGAAGAGGUUGGGAAGAAACAAAUGCUAGGACCACCCCACCCCACCGGUACUUUUGAUGUUACCCCAAAGUAAAGGGAGAGUUAAUAAAACAAGACAAACUAAAAUCAUUAUCAUAGUAAGAUGUAAAAAAAAUAAUGAUAAUGCCUCUGCUGCUGCUACUAGAAAGAGAAUCGGGAUAAUGACUGGUUUAGAAAUCUGAAGACUACCUGCAUAGCAUCGAGGAUCGGCUGACUGUAACAUUUUCCUGAAACGUUAGGAAGGUUAGAAAAAGCAGACGUGGCCGGCUACUGGAACGCCUUGAUGAUCAAAGAGGGAAAUGAAAAUGACCCUCUUAAGAAAUUUUGCCGCAGACGCUUUCACCUCGUGGUCAUUUGGAUUGAGGUGGACUCAGUCUAAUCGCAGUUUGAAGGGGGAAGGCUGCUAAAGAAACUAAUCGUCAAUCGCUCGAAACGUCAGCUUUGAAACUCUUUACGGUGGCCAAUUUACGCUCUCAACUACGUUGAUAAUACUUAAUUACCCUGUUAAUCGCAGUUUAACCACAAAGACGAAAGUAAUUCAGUUCAUAAAUAACUCUUUUGUCUUCCUAAGAAUAAUGGUAAGGCUGGUUACAAUGUCGGCGACAGUUUGGAUAGUAACCCUGGAGACAACAUUCAAGAGUUCAGACAGCUGCCACAGGUAAAAAUCGUUUAUCAUUUGUUAGCAGUUGUCUUUUUGUUUGCUCUCUUGCAUUUCUUUCUCUUAUGCUUGAUAUUUUCUUUAAAUAAUCCAAUCAGGAAUAUUACAUGAGUGGAUGCGAUGCUAAGGUAAAAACCGAAGUUGAUAUCAUGUGGACAAACCAACACGGAACUGGACCAGAUACCAACGACAUGGUAGAAACCCAAGUUAUUCUACAAUACAUGUGUCAGCCUUAUCCAGAGGGCAAGAUGGCAACCAACGACGUGAACAAAGAAUUUGAAUAUCAUACAAUUCGUAAUGGGCAGACUCUUUCCACUCAGUCAUUUUCGAAAAACGCGCGAGAGAAUGCUUACAUAAGAAGAGACAGAGGACUUCACGAACCAGCCAACUAUUAUCAGGCGUAUUAUCGGAGAGAGAGAAACAAAGGUAAGAGGUUUAAAUAAACUGAAAUACCGAACUGACUGAUACAAAAAUGAAUCUCGAUGAGUCACUCUCUUUAUAGUAACGAUACUAUUGCUCAUGCUCCAGGUUUGUUCACUGCUGACCAACAACUUAAGGGUGAUCUACCGAUUUAUACGCGACAGAAUGCCGCAGGGACAAGGAGGGGCUUGGAGGUCCCUGAGGAACGCGAUUACUAUCCAUACUGGGGCCCUACCCCUUGGAAGGACAUUGCUAUCAUGGUCAGCGAUAAAAAGACCGAGCAACUAAUGAAAGAAUACGUAAACAGCCCUCACUAUGGACACAAAUGUAAGUCAGGUUUGAUCUGAACGGUUUUAUAAGUACAGUACUAUACAGCAUUGACUGACUUUUGUUAUCAAAGCAAAUCCAUUUGAAACUUUCCCUAAAUCUCACGUUUUAGACUUAUGUAUAAUGCCUACCAAACUUGCCGGAAAUGAAGACUGUCCGCCCGACAACGCGAACGUUAAAGGAGAAAAAUGUGUUGCAAAAUACAUCACCUCAGAGAAAUGCAAGGCGGCUGGAGGAACUUGGACAAAAUUCAUCACGAAUUACGUUGAGAAAACUGCUGGUGUGUUGAGCACUUGUCAUAAUGUGGGCGAAAUGAAACUGGCAAGAGGCAUUCCUUACGAACCACACAAGAUCUCUCAAGGAGCUGAUCAAAAGGAGCAGUUUGUUCUUGUUCACAAGCCUCCUGAAGUGAUCUACGCCCCAUCCACUGUCGUUAAUCAUAACGGAAUGAGCAUGGAAGGAAAGUUUUCGUCCUACAAGUGGAAGGUUCCUUGCUUUCCAACAAACACCACCCAACGCUGUGUGAUACGACUCAGGUGAGAAAACUAAUCAUCAGGAAGUAGAGGCGAUGGAGCGUUGAAAACAAGAAGCAGGACUUUAAAUAUCAGUAGGUUUCAUGAUGAUAAAUUUUCUUCUCUUUACAUCAGAAAGGAGAAACGGACGCAUUCAACUCGAGAUUCCUUCAUGUAACCCAUUUUGGCCUUAUGAUUUUUCAGUACCAAUCUUCCCAAAUCCUGUUAAAACAAGAGAACUGUAAAAGAAAAUAAAAAUAACUGGAUAUCAACCUUUUUACCAACUCAUGAUGACAUGUCGAACACCGCAUAUGCUUAUUAAAAUUAAUUGAUAACGCUUCCUGAGAACGUACCUCAUUAUGAUACCCUCAACUUAACGAGUUUUCAUAAAAUACUAAAAACCAUUUCAAGAACAUUAUAUACACUAGUUUUCAGACAUGCUUGUGUCUAACUCAAAACCUAGUUCAGUUAUGGAAACAAUUCUGUCAAGCUUAAGUGACACUGAUUUUUUCCUCGCAGGUACAAUAUAACCACAAGCGAUGUGCCCCGUGGGUUUACUGCUAAGAACAAUAACGAGUAGGUACUUGAUCCAUUUACCCCUUAGAGUGACUGACUUCUCAUUUCUCCUUACAAUAACACCCUGAAUCAAACACUCAGGUCGCAAGAAUAAAGUAAUGGAUGGCCAACUAAAGAAGCUCUAGAUUGUUAGACAAAUUCUCCUUGUCAGUCACUGAACUGUGUAUUGAACAGUAUGGAUAAUAUACAUACUGAUGUUAUAGGAUGUGUAGGGCUCAUGACCACUUUACAAAGUCAUUCCAUUUUACCGUUAGUAGAAUCGCCUAAGUUAACAAAAGUUAAAGUGAAAUGUUUUAGUUUCCUAAAUGUUUGAAAACCCGACCGUCUAAUAACACUGUUUAUUCUCUAUUAUCAACAAAAUAAGGCUCAACUUUCUCCUGUUUACAACAAUAACACAUUGCUAUCGUGAUCUUGAAUACACAAGCGUUCAUUUCGUAAUUUUUGAUCUGAUAGCUCUCAGUGAGUUUCAUCGACAUGAAAUCCCUUAAGACGAGUGAAAAGCUGACGGGUGGAAAGGAACUAUGGUACUCUGGGAUUUGAUUCAAACUGGAAUAGACCUCGGUUAAAUUGCACUCAGCCGAAUAGAUCCGAUUGGACAUAGAGACCAAUGUGAGAAAAUAGCCUUUACAGAUCGAUUAUUCUUUUCUUCUCAGGGUUAAAAAUAAUCCGAAAACUAAAGCUGUUGACAAUAAGACCGAUCUUCAAAUCGCUUUGAACACCGCCCAGCUCGGCAGAACAUUCCAGGAUAGAAGUCAUGUGAUCAUCCUUAAACCACGGAGCAAACUGCCCAUGAAAUUUCAGCAUAGCAAUAUCUAUUACAUUAAUGGAAUGGGCAAGAGAGGAAACAUAGUGCAGGCGUAUCCUGCCAUGGAAUAUCGCUUUUAUCCUGAACGCCUCACUGUUACAACAGAGGAUGUGGUGUGUUUCGUCUGGUCCGGUGAGAAGGAACAAUCUAUUUGAUACGAACUCUUGUGACCUGUUCAUAAAUUCAUUCUUAUUUCCAUUUCCCAUUUGGUUUUUUCAUUGUGUCCAAUUGUUUACCUAUUUAUUGCUUCUAUCGGCAGGCUCAAACAACAAUCAGAACAAUGCUGGAGAAGGAACAGCACGUAAGAAAAACACGAUAAUGCAUAUUUAAUUCUAGAUUCAUCUGACUUAAAAAGCUCAAGCCUGAAUAUUUUCGAUGACUAAUCAAUAUAUUACCACGAUGAGCAAAUAACAGCCGACCGAGUAAACUAAAUCUGAUUAGUAAAACCUUGAAUCAAUUCCUUUCUCAUUUCAGGAACUGAUCGCACCAACGUGUGCUGGAUAAAGGAAGGAUGCCAAUCUCUCAAACCAGCAGCGUGUUCCAGCCUUCCUCUUGAAGUAGUUGACCAUGUCGACGAAUUUGAUGCCGCCAAGUUAAAUCUUCACCUUAACAAGGGCUGUUACACUGGCGACAAAACACUGCAGGCUCAACUGAACAACGCCCCGGCCUCUUGCAACCCGCCAUGCUUCCGCAUCACAAAGCCUGGGGAGUACUGUUUCAUGGGCACGCGCAAUAACAACUUCUCCAACCGGCGUCACAUAGGACAGAUCACUGUCACUGGGAAUACUCCGGCUAAAUGAUUGAACUGUGUUAUUUACGUGCUAAAUCCGCUCAUUUCUUGAUUUUGUUUAGGUAGAUUACGCUGUAACACGCACUGGGAUGUUGGAAGAAUAAAACAAGGGAAUUAA